ACAAGUUCCCCUCGGCGGGGAGCCGGCCGAGGGGACCCCCCGACAGCGAGCCCCCGCCGCAGCCCAUGAGGGCAGCGGGGGAGCGCGGCGGCGGCGGCUGCGGCUCCUCCGGCGGCUCGGCGGCUCCGCGGCAGAUGCGCCCCGGCGGCGCUCAGGCUCUGACGCCCAGCUCGCCCCGGCGGCUGGAGGGAGAUGCUCGCCCAGACCGCCGCUUCUGCGUGAGGAAGCACAAGGCAUCAUGGUGAGUAAGGAGCCCAGCAAAUGCUUACUCACCGCCUCGGACAGCGACGUCGAGCCCGCGGCUUCGCUGGCGCUGGAGAUGAAAUACGCGCUGGACCCCAACCGGCAGAUCAAGAAACGGAACAAAGCCCUGCAGGUGAGGUUCAAGGACAUCUGCGAGGCCCAGAACGAGCAGAGGGACAAGCAGCUCUCCAGCUCCUCCACGCAGGACCCCGACAAGAGGGAGGCCAAGGCCAUCGCCUACAAGACAGCCUACCGCAAGUACAUGACGGUGCCCGCCCGCAGGUCCAUCCCCAACGUCACCAAGAGCACCGGAGUCCAGACRUCCCCUGAUCUUAAAAAGUGCUACCAGACCUUCCCCCUGGAUCGGAAAAAGGGCAACGUCCUGAAAAGCGCCGCCACGGUGGAGGCACUGCCGAGUGAGAACAACGGGUUCCUGAUCGAGGUGAAGGACAGGGAGAGCCGGGGCUCGGCAGAGGCGGCGGCGUGGGGCAGGAAGGCGGGCAGCCUGCAGACGGCCGAGUUCAUCUCCCACAUCUCCGAGCGYGCCGCGCACGACGACGGCGCCGAGGCCUGGAAAAGCAGCGAUUUGCACAGUUCUCCCAAAGAGCCGCCUCCUCCUCCUCUGCCCAGCUUGGCUGAACCCGGUGAGGAGGAGGCGGCGCGGCCAAGCCGGGCCCGAGCGGCGGUGGCACGGUUGGGCAGCGAGGAGGCCGCUCAGCCUCUCCACGGGAGGGUGUUCAAAACCGAAGUGGCCGCGGUUUAUCUGCCCGCCUCGCAGGCCGACCUGGCCGACUGGGGGCCGUGCCCCGACGAGGACGACAAGAGGACGGUGCAGCUCAACGGGGUGCAGCCCCCGGCCGGAGAUGCCCGAGCGUGCGCGGCGCGGGCGCAGUGCCCGGCCCCCGAAUGUAGUGACCGGAGCCUGCAGGUCAACGUGGCGCCCGUGGAGGAGAGCCAGCCCUGCCGGACGGCCGUCGCCGUGAGCCAGGAAUGCCAACAAAUCGUGCCUCACACCGAAGUUGUGGACUUGAAAGCGCAGCUUCAGAUGAUGGAGAACCUGAUCAGCUCGAGUCAGGAGACCAUCAAAGUGUUGUUGGGUGUUAUACAGGAGCUAGAGAAGGGAGAAGCUCACCGGGAAGGGCUUUCCUAUCGGACCGGGCAGGACACGGCCAAUUGUGACACAUGCAGGAACAGUGCAUGUAUUAUCUACAGUGUGGAAUUGGAUUUCAAACAGCAAGAAGAUAAACUCCAGCCAGUUUUGAGAAAACUUCAUCCUAUUGAGGAAACUCAGGUUGCACCUUUGCCUUAUUCUCAGGAGAGCUACUCCUCCACUCCCAAGCAAAAAUCCAAAACUGAAUCAAAAAAGCACGGAAGAUGGAAACUCUGGUUCCUUUAACCCAAGUCCAUUACAUGUGGAGUUCAAGGCCUUCUCUGAUAAAUAUUUGGAGUUGUCUCCGUGAUCUCUGACGGGAUCGUGGCGAAGGAGGAGCGUUCCUGGCCAAGGGCAGCACCCAGUUCUCACCGCGUGUACCAAAAAGGCCUUUGUACCUACGGACCCAUCCCGGGAGCAGGGGCUGGGGGAGCACCCUGCCCUCCUCYACUGCAGCUGGCCAACGUGGGAUGUGAACCUGAACGGCAAUUUGGACAAAGAUGGAAGUGAAACUGUUUUUUCCCCGCUCAGAUCCGCCGGCGUCG